AUGUCAGAUAUAAACGAUCAAAUAUAUAACAGAGAUAUAGAUAAUAAUAUUAGUAUUAUAAAUGAAAAAGAAACCAUAAAAUCAAAGUUCUCUAGAGGUGAAAAUGGAUUUUGGUUGGUUUGGAGUAAUCGUUAUAUAUUGAAAUCGAUUUUCAAUCAGGUGUUUAGCAUUGCUAAAUCAGAUUCGAAGCGAUACUACGAGAUUUUCAAUGUUCAUUGGAUGCUCAGUAAUGGGUAUCACCGGUUACUGCGCGAGAAGGUGUUGCGCCACGAGUAUCUGCUGCUGCGAACACUCCAACAGACCAAUACGGUGCGUCUACUCUUCAAGUACUUCCACGACAACACGCCGGACAACCAGAGAUUCUACCAGGCGCUGCUAGUCAACUAUGGCGAUCAAUUCAUCUAUGAGAUGCAAUUCGAAAGCAGUCGACUUGUCUCGCUGGCGCCACCGGUAUUCUUGGAGACCGUUAUGAACUACCGCGCUGCCAUCGACCAGCAACCGCUGGUGAAGCUACCGAAAGAGAUAUUCCGGUUGUUGGUAGAUGCAGGCAAUGUUGAAUCGGCGAUUGUUCUCUCGACAAAGUAUAGGGAAUACUACAGUUGUUUCGAUAUUAAGCUGUUGGAGAAAGCGUAUUAUACCGAUACCGAUGCAUUCAAACUGGCAUUGAAAUACUUGAUGUUGGAAUUCCGACCGACAUCGGAACAGUAUAAAUCGAUCACCAAACGAUUCUAUUAUCCAACAAUCACAAUCGACGAACUAAGAUAUCUUUAUGAAUACGAUUUACUGGACAUAUCGAAUCUCUCAAGGACAUUGAUAAACUUUGGAUUCCUUUCAAUCAGGAAACAAACAGGUACAACAAUAGUCUACCAAUUUCAACUACUAUACGAAUUCAUAAAGUUAACAGGCUAUAAAUAUCAACAACAGCAACAACAACAACAACAAUGUCAUGGAAGUGUUGUUGUUAAUGAACAGAGUACAAAUCAAGAUAGUCAUUCAGAACAACGUUUAGCAACUAUACUCAAAGAGAUUGAUGAAAUAUCGUUGGUGGAAGAAGAUUACAUUCAAACUUUAGAGACAGUAGGUGUAGAUAAUGUUAGUUUUUCAAAGCUGUGGAAAUUACUGUUAUCUAUCUUUGUUGUCAAUGAAGAGGAUCUAAUGUUCUAUGCGAUGAAGUUCAACGAUAUAUCAUUGGUGAUGCCAAGUCUAAUCAAUAGGAGGAUUGCAGAUCAUAGGAAUAUAGUCAAAUACAUGAACUUGGAGUUAUUACAAUAUCUGAUAACAAUAAGCAGUAGCUAUGACAUAGAUUACUUUUAUUUCGAUCGAAUCAUCGUUGGUGCAAUGUCGUCCAAGCAAAAGAAAGAGUUUUUAGAUCAUCUUUGGGAUAGUCAUUUUCUGUGGUACGAACGUGAAAAGUCUGCCAAGAACAUAUUCGAAGCCGUACUAAACUAUGGUGAAUUGGAUUUAAUCAGACAUUCAUUUCAACUCUGGCAAAAGAGUGGUAUUAAAACACAAAUGGUUUACUACGACCCGAAAAGUUUGGAGAUAUUAAGAUAUUUAGAAUCUGUAGAGAUUGUUAAACGUGAAUGUCAUAGUAAACCAACUGAUUUACCAUAUGAUAUAUUAUAUCAUAUACUUGGAAACAACUAUAAAUUCGAUCAUAAUACAUGGUUCUCUUUUAAGACGUUAUACGAUGACCAGAUGUUUCAUCACUUAAAAUAUUGUUGGGAGAAUCAUUGCUAUGGUAAAAGUGUUGGUGGCAGUGGAAGUGGAGACCGUGUUCACUACACAAAGAAGAAUUGUAAUUUGUUCAUGUCAACAUCGGUCCGUAACUUGGACGAUCUCUGCGUACAGGAAAUAGCAAAAGACGGUUGUAUCGCUACGAUCACAAUGUUUAUGGAUACCUACUUUCCAACGAGCGAACAUUCAUCUAAAAGACAUUUCCUCGCGAUCCUGCUGGCAAAUGCUAUCAGUCGUGAUCAUCUACAUAUUAUCAAACUUAUCAAAGAUAAGUACGGUUAUGUAUUAUCGCUCGUAGGUAAGAAUGAUCCUAAUCCAAUAGAGAAGAUUGGUAUUGUAAGACAAGUUCUAAAGCUACUACUGCGGAAUGUCAUGUUCUUCAAUUACAUCAUGAAGAAUAUACCUUCGUUGCAACCAAAAAACAAAGAGAUAGUCGAAGCUGCCGAAAAAGAUAUAAGUGCACUAGUAUUCCUCUCAAAGUCAUAUCCCAAUAUCGAAUUAACUAAAUCACAACUCAACACCCUCAAGAAAUUUGGCUACACAAACACACCAAAAACAACAUCAAAAAACAAGUAUCAAAAGAAAUAA